GCACCCGGUGGCCGCCAUCUUGGCAGAAGACGAACGAACCCACAGCAACGCAGCUACCGGUUUUACCGGUAUAUCUUUGAUUUAGACUGAAUAUCGUCGUUUGCAAAGACUCAUAAGGGGAUAAAGAACAGACAACAUGGCAACGCUGCUCCCAAUACGGUUUCAGGAGCAUUUGCAGCUCCAGAAUGUUGGAAUCAAUGCAUCCAAUAUUGGGUUCAGUACCCUCACCAUGGAGUCAGACAAGUACAUUUGUAUCAGAGAGAAAGUUAGUGACACUGCCCAGGUUGUCAUCAUCGAUAUGAAUGACUCAAGCAAUCCCAUUCGCCGUCCCAUUUCGGCCGACUCUGCUAUAAUGAACCCUGCAAGCAAAGUCAUCGCUCUCAAAGCUGGAAAAACUCUGCAAAUCUUCAAUAUUGAGAUGAAAAGCAAAAUGAAGUCACAUACCAUGACAGAUGAUGUCAUCUUUUGGAAAUGGAUUUCCGUAAACACCGUUGCCCUGGUAACAGAAACCUGUGUUUACCAUUGGAGUAUGGAAGGCGACUCGCAGCCUCAGAAGAUCUUCGACAGACAUACCAAUCUUGCUGGAUGUCAGAUUAUCAACUACAGGACAGAUGCCAAGCAGCAGUGGUUACUUGUCAUUGGCAUUUCAGCACAGACGGGGGCUGAAGCAGCACAAAACCGUGUUGUGGGUGCAAUGCAGCUGUAUUCUGUUGAAAGAAAAGUCAGCCAGCCUAUAGAGGGACAUGCAGCAGCCUUUGCCACCUUCAAACUAGAAGGCAACUCCAACCCUUCCACACUAUUCAUGUUCGCUGUCAGAGGGGCACAAGGUGGAAAGCUUCAUGUGAUUGAGGUAGGCCAGCCACCUCAGGGAAACCAGCCUUUUACGAAGAAGGCAGUGGAUGUUUUCUUCCCACCCGAAGCACAGAAUGAUUUCCCCGUUGCCAUGCAGGUGAGUCCCAAACACAGCGUAACUUUCCUCAUCACAAAGUAUGGCUACAUCCAUAUGUAUGACAUUGAGACUGGUACCUGUAUCUACAUGAACCGCAUCAGUGGCGACACCAUCUUUGUCACUGCCCCUCACGAAGCUUCGUCAGGAAUCAUCGGGGUCAACAGAAAAGGACAGGUAUUGUCGGUGAGUGUGGAAGAAGAUAACAUUGUCCAAUACUUGACAACCACACUGCAGAACCCUGACCUUGCUCUCAAGGUCGCAUCCCGGGGCAACCUACCUGGUGCAGAAGAUCUCUUUGUCCGUAAAUUCAACAACCUCUUCCAGAGUGGCAACUAUGCAGAGGCUGCCAAGGUAGCCGCAGGCGCCCCAAAGGGUAUACUACGGACACCCCAGACCAUACAGCGAUUCCAGCAGGUGCCGGCAACCACAGGUCAAACUUCUCCACUCCUCCAGUAUUUUGGAAUCCUGCUAGACAAAGGUCAGCUCAACAAGUAUGAAUCUCUUGAGCUGUGCCGCCCAGUGUUACAGCAGGGUCGUAAACAGCUGCUGGAAAAGUGGCUGAAGGAAGAGAAGUUGGAAUGUAGUGAAGAGCUCGGCGAUCUAGUCAAGGCUACAGACCCAACGCUGGCUCUGUCUGUGUACCUCAGAGCAAACGUACCAAACAAAGUAAUCCAGUGUUUUGCAGAGACGGGACAAUUCCAGAAAAUUGUGUUGUAUGCUAAAAAAGUGGGUUUCACCCCUGAUUUUAUAUUCCUCCUGCGUAACAUCAUGAGGAUGAACCCAGAGCAAGGCCUACAGUUCGCCCAGAUGUUAGUACAAGAUGAUGAGCCACUAGCAGAUCUUAACCAGAUUGUGGAUGUCUUCAUGGAAUUCAACCUGAUUCAGCAGUGUACUUCCUUUCUGUUGGAUGCUCUGAAGAACAACCGGCCUGCAGAGGCACCCCUACAGACCAGACUUUUAGAAAUGAAUCUUAUGUCUGCUCCACAGGUGGCAGAUGCCAUCCUCGGCAAUCAGAUGUUUACUCACUACGACCGUGCCCAUGUGGCCCAGCUGUGUGAGAAGGCAGGACUUCUACAAAGGGCCCUGGAACACUACACAGACCUUUAUGACAUCAAGCGGGCAGUCGUACACACCCAUCUCCUCAACCCAGAGUGGCUGGUGAACUACUUUGGCUCAUUGUCUAUAGAGGACUCGUUAGAAUGUCUGAAGGCCAUGCUGCAGGCAAACAUCCGCCAGAACCUGCAAGUGUGUGUACAGAUAGCCACCAAAUACCAUGAGCAGCUAGGCACACAGUCACUCAUAGAGAUCUUCGAGUCCUUUAAAAGUUUUGAAGGUCUCUUCUAUUUCCUGGGAUCCAUCGUUAACUUCAGUCAGGACACAGACGUCCAUUUUAAGUACAUCCAGGCUGCCUGUAAGACUGGGCAGAUCAAAGAGGUGGAGCGAAUCUGUCGCGAGAGUAACUGUUAUGAUCCAGAGAGGGUGAAAAAUUUCCUCAAGGAGGCCAAGCUUACGGACCAGCUGCCGUUGAUCAUUGUGUGUGAUCGCUUUGACUUUGUUCAUGACUUGGUUCUCUACCUGUACCGCAAUAGCUUACAAAAGUACAUAGAGAUCUAUGUACAGAAGGUAAACCCUGCCCGGCUCCCGGUUGUAAUUGGUGGACUCCUUGAUGUUGACUGUGGGGAAGACGUCAUCAAACAGCUGAUCCUUGUUGUGAAAGGACAGUUCUCUACUGACGAGCUGGUGGAGGAGGUAGAGAAGCGUAACAGGAUGAAGCUGCUGCUGCCGUGGUUGGAGAUGCGUGUCCAUGAGGGAGUUCAGGAACCAGCCACGCACAAUGCUCUAGCUAAAAUUAACAUAGACAGCAACAACAACCCGGAGAGGUUCCUCAGAGAGAACCAAUUCUACGACAGUUUAGUAGUGGGUAAAUAUUGUGAGAAGCGUGACCCCCACUUGGCGUGUGUAGCUUAUGAAAGAGGACAGAACGACAUGGAACUCAUCAAGGUGUGCAAUGAGAACUCGCUGUUCAAGAGUGAGGCGAGAUACCUGGUACGUCGCCGUGACACUGACCUAUGGGCAGUGGUGCUACAGGAGGAUAAUGAAUACAGACGCCAGCUGAUUGACCAGGUGGUCCAGACAGCGCUGUCCGAGACACAGGACCCGGAGGAUAUUUCUGUCACAGUCAAGGCUUUUAUGACCUCAGAUCUUCCAAAUGAACUGAUUGAACUGUUGGAAAAGAUUGUUCUGGAGAACUCUGUCUUCAGUGACCACAGAAAUCUACAGAACCUGUUGAUUCUGACAGCAAUAAAAGCCGACCGUACCAGAGUGAUGGAGUAUAUUAACCGCCUCGACAACUACGAUGCCCCUGACAUUGCUAACAUUGCUAUCAGUAAUGAGCUUUUUGAGGAAGCUUUUGCAAUCUUCAAGAAAUUUGAGGUCAACACAUCAGCAAUACAGGUUCUGAUAGACCAUGUGAACAACCUUGAUCGGGCCUACGAGUUUGCUGAGCGGUGUAAUGACCCAGCAGUGUGGAGCCAGCUAGGCAGAGCUCAAUUGAAUCAAGGUUUGGUGAAAGAGGCCAUUGACUCCUUCAUCAAGGCUGAUGACCCGUCUGAGUACAUGGAGGUAGUAAACGUGGCCAGUAACAACAAUAGUUGGGAAGACCUGGUGAAAUUUUUACAAAUGGCCAGAAAGAAGGCACGGGAAACAUUCAUAGAAACGGAACUUAUUUAUGCCUAUGCAAAAACCAACAGACUUGCAGAUUUAGAGGAGUUUAUUUCGGGGCCAAACCAUGCUAAUAUUACACAGGUGGCUGACCGUUGCUUUGACGACCAGAUGUACGAGGCAGCCAAAUUGCUGUAUAACAAUGUGUCUAACUAUGCGCGUCUAGCCAUCACCCUGGUACACCUAGGAGAGUACCAGGGAGCUGUGGAUGGGGCACGCAAGGCCAACAGUACAAAGACAUGGAAAGAGGUGUGUUUUGCCUGUGUGAACAAUGAAGAGUUCCGGUUAGCCCAGAUGUGCGGACUCCACAUAGUAGUACAUGCUGAUGAGCUAGAGGAUUUAAUAAAUUAUUACCAGGACCGUGGCUACUUCGAGGAACUCAUAUCGCUACUUGAGGCAGCAUUAGGUUUAGAAAGAGCCCAUAUGGGUAUGUUUACAGAAUUAGCUAUCUUAUACUCUAAAUACAAGCCGGAGAAGAUGAGGGAGCACUUAGAACUAUUCUGGUCCAGAGUCAACAUUCCAAAGGUUUUACGAGCAGCAGAGCAGGCACAUCUGUGGCCAGAGCUCGUAUUCUUGUAUGAUAAAUAUGAGGAGUAUGACAAUGCCGUGAUAACAAUGAUGAGCCACCCAACGGCAGCUUGGCGCGAGAGUCAGUUCAAGGACAUUAUAACCAAGGUGGCCAACAUUGAGCUGUACUACAAAGCAGUACAGUUCUACCUCGACUUCAAGCCACUAUUACUCAAUGACCUUCUGCUGGUUUUAACUCCUCGUCUGGACCACACCCGUGCAGUCAACUUUUUCACCAAGGUCAACGAAAUCCCACUGGUGAAGCCAUACCUUAGGGCAGUGCAAAAGAACAACAACAAAGCAACAAAUGAGGCGUUGAACAACCUGCUGAUUGAGGAGGAGGAUUACCAGGGCCUUCGCACCUCCAUUGAUGCAUACGAUAACUUCGACAACAUAACCCUUGCUCAGCGCCUUGAGAAACAUGAGCUGAUUGAGUUUAGGCGUAUCGCUGCUUACCUCUACAAAGGCAAUAAUCGCUGGAAACAGUCGGUGGACCUGUGUAAAAAAGAUAAGCUUUUCAAGGAUGCCAUGUGCUAUGCGGGUGAGUCGCGGAACAUUGACAUAGCAGAGGAUUUGAUUGCCUGGUUCCUGGAGAACCAAUACCAUGAAUGUUUUGCCGCCUGCCUGUUUCAAUGUUAUGACUUGCUGAGACCAGAUGUGAUCCUAGAGCUGGCCUGGCGACACAACAUCAUGGACUUUGCCAUGCCUUACAUGAUACAGGUUGUGAGAGAAUACAUUUCCAAGGUUGAUAAGCUAGAGCAGUCCGAAGCAGUACGAUCAGAGGAGGAACAGAAAGCUGAGGACCGCCCCAUUGUAUUUGCGGAGAACCAACUGAUGCUGACAGCUGGGCCUGCAACAAUGAUACCACCACCUCAAGCACCCUCGCCCCAGCCUGGCUAUGGAGCACAGUACCCAGGGAUGGUGCCGGGCAUGGCCCCAGGAAUGGCCCCUGGCAGUGUGCCAUAUGGCUACAGCAUGUGAUCACAUCCUCUUUAUAAAUGUCAUGUGCUUGUUUAUGAGGCACAACAGGACUUGUUAUUGUUAUAGGGACCUGAGGACACUGGCAAAAAACGGUAGUUAGGGACUGAUCAGUCUGGUCAGUUAAUGGUCAGACUGAGUGGUCAUUUAAUUUUGUCAGCUGGUCAUCCUGUUUUUUUGUUUUUUUUUACCAAUCAUUUGUCUGGAGAGAGAUGUCUAAUCCAAGUUGGGCUUGUUAACCGUUAGUAGAACAGCCUGUUGAUUGGUUAGCUGAAUGGUCAUGUGACUUGUAUACAUGUACUGCACCGUUUGUUUGUCCUCCUGUGAUUUUCAUGAUUUAGUUUGUUGAUAUAUUGAGAUGUGUGAGUAUUACUGUAUUGUGAUAGAGGUGUGUACCUUGGUGGCUG